GGGUUAAGGAUCCAGCGUUGCCGCAGGCUGCUUUGGUCGGCUGGGAAUUCCAUGUGCCGUGAGGCGGCCAAAAAAAGCGGGAGGGGGAGGAGAUGGCUGCCCUUUCUACGUCAGUAAACCUAGGAGGGCUGCCUGAUCUUUUUUUCCCUGGUUCCUGAUACGUGAGAAGAAUUGUGGUGCCAGGGAGCCCUGUGGCUUUAAGCCUAAGCCCUGGCAGGGGAGGAGACUGGGAGGGCUGUGGAGGGUGCCCGCCUACCUGGGGAACCUGCGCGAGGUGUGGCCGGAGCGGCUCGGGAUGCGAGGUGGGCGGGGGCGGGCUGAAAGUUGGACAAGCAGGAAGUGAACCGACGGCCGCCCGGGAGGAAACCGAUUUAGGCGAGUUCUGCUGCCGCCAGGCCCCAGCCGCUCGGAGACAUGGAGGAGGCCAGUGGCGGUGGAGGGGAUGACCGCGUGCGGAACCUGCGGAGUGAAGUGGAGGGAGUCAAGAAUAUUAUGACCCAGAAUGUGGAGCGGAUCCUGGCCCGGGGAGAAAACUUGGACCAUCUCCGCAACAAGACAGAGGAUCUGGAAGCCACAUCUGAGCACUUCAAGACCACGUCCCAGAAGGUGGCUCGGAAGUUCUGGUGGAAGAACGUGAAGAUGAUCGUCAUCAUCUGCGUGAUCGUUUUUAUCAUCAUCCUCUUCAUCGUGCUCUUUGCCACCAACGUCAUCCCUUAAAAUAACUUAGGGAACCCCUUCCACCCUGCCCUCCUCUUCAGGGCAACCUUCCAUAGUGGGUGCCGAGAGGGGCCCUCUCUCCCAUGCUCCUCCACAAAGAAUGCUGCUCGAGCCUCCCGCCUCUCACUCUGAGACCCCCGCACUGUCUGCCCCCGUGAGUACCUUGGUCCCUGGAAGGAGAGAGCCAGACUGUGGCUGUGUCUCAGGGGGCCUCAGAGGUGGUUGGAGAGACAGACCCAGAGGGCCCAGCAUGUGGCUGGGAAGCUGAUGGAACUGACGGUGGCCAGUGGGCAAUAAAGACCUUUCUGUAUCCCUA